GCCAGCGCCUGGGUAGACGAAGCUUCGGCUGGGUAUCCGCCCCUUUUUCUCGCGGCCGCCGCCGGUCAGGCGCCUGUGGUUAGACAGCUUCUGAAGGCACGCGCAGACAAAGAUCUGAGAACCGCGAACGGCAAUGCCCUCGGUGCUGCAUCGAGCAUGGGCCAUGCCGACGUGGUGCGCGCGCUGAUCGACGCAGGCGCCGUGAAGCCCAAGGGCCUCACUGACACCAACAUGCUCUUCGUCGUGGCCUUCAAAGGCCACCUCGACGUCAUGCGCCUUUUGAUUGAAAACCGGAUUGAGCAGCAUCGGCCGGUACACAAGAGAGAUCACCUUGCAAUGACGACCACUCUCUUUGCCAACGGCAACCGCCUCUUCGCCAUGUGGAUUAUCAUGCCAGCUUGCACCCUGAGCUCCAUGUCCGAAGAUCCCACGAGUUGGAAGAAGCCUCUUCUAGUAGGUGCUGUCAUACUCAGCAUCGUGGCGCUGUACCUUCUUGGCGGCGAUGAAAUGAAGCGGGAGAUUCGCGGCAAGUGGGCGGCCUUCUUCGAGUGGAAGUACCUCU